UUAAUCUGCAUAAUUAGAGCAAGGGUUUGUAGGACAGGCUGAGGAAAGCCAACUCUCAUAAAAGCGAACUUUCUCAGAAGAAAAGAAAAGACAUCUGUGGCCAUUUACUUGUAAUAUGUACUUGAAUGUACUACUAGCUUUAGACUUUAUCAUUUACUCUUUUGUGAAUGCUAAUUCAGAAUGGGAUUGUGUUGUUAGUGAAUGGAGUGCGUGGGGAGCUUGCAACGAAAAAUGUACAACAGGUUUGCGAACUCGAACCCGCACUGUCGUAAAACCAUCUACCCACAUAUUUUCGAAGCCUUGUCCACAUCUAUCAGAGUCACAAAACUGUGGCCAAAUGAACAAUGGCUGUGAAAAGGUUUGUGAGAAAAUGACUGGGAAGUGUUUUUGUUUACAAGGAUAUAUGCUAAACAUGGACCGAAAAACUUGUACGGAUGUAAAUGAGUGUAAGCCAAACAAUAACAAAGGUCCCUGUAGUUAUGGCUGUAAAAAUUUAGCAGGUGGAUACCAAUGUUUUUGUCCUGCUAAUCACGAACUUGAAAAAGAUGGACACAGAUGUAAAAAGAUUGUUUCACCAGCAUCAUGUGCUGAUGAUGGUAUUCAUGUGUAUGACUCGAGUAGAAAUUGUGUUUGUGCUAAUAAAUUGUCAGGUUUACAUUGUGAUCGAUUAGCAGAGGCUUGUAAUAAUUUAUGCCAAACUGAAACAUUAUGUGUCGGAUUAGUUAUAGCUGAAAAGAGGUGCAUUGAAAGGCAUUUGCAAAUACCAGUAUUACUUCCGGUUUCGCACAAAAACUAUUUAUCGGGACUUACUCAGCAUAAUGUUGAAAUUUACAUCAGCAGAUUGUUAAGAGGAGUAAGGAUGGGUAUCACUUUAAAGGAUAUUAGCAUUUCCUCUCAUGAACAUAGAUCAGGCAUGGAACGCAUGUCUACAUACUAUGUUGAAAGUUUACAGUCAGUAAAAGUUAACGAUAAUUAUGUAUAUGUUAUCUUUGUUGUCAUGGAUAUGAACAACAACUAUGUAGCUGUACCUCCCAAGAAAAUAUGUUCGCAACUCAAAGACACUGACAUACAAUGUGUAAACACAAUGGAUUGCAACGAUUUAAAACCAUACAAUGUUACAUGUCCCUUUGCUUAUCGUUAUGAAUCUUCUAAGAAGCCAAUAAAAGAGAAACAAAACUUGAAAGUAUGGAUAUAUGCUGUAAUUGGUGUCGGUAUAAUUUUAUUCAUUCUUUGUUUACUUUCGCUUUUCUAUUAUCGUACACGGAAGCACCAACAUGCUCCGGAACUUCAACUCCGUUCCAUCCCAUGGAUGCCAGAAGAUACUGAAGAAAAUGUGUUGUAUGGUAUGGGUGACACCACAACUGAAGAAUGUGCUCCUCUAUAUGAAUCAAUUGAUAAUCUGAAAGUAGAAAAUGAUGUGUAUGGUAAUGUUGAUAUGCGAGAGGUGUGUGCACACAACUCAGAUAGUGCUGAUAAAAAUGAAAAAUUGGUUGUUCAGCUACCAAAAAAGGAUGAGCCAAGAUAUUCUACUCCUCCUAAUUUGUCAAAGAAAACAUCGUAAACAAUGUUUAUAUUUUGAAUAUGAUAUGGUGUUUCAUCCGUCAUCCAGUAUGAUAGGCAAUGUAGAGGAUGAUGAUGUAGUCUGUAAAAAAUUCUCUAAAUUUCAUCAAGAGGAAGUGUUUUUAUCAAACCUUGCCAAAC